UUCAAAAUUAUAUAAAUGGCAGUAGAUGUUAAUUCAGCUUUGAAUAGAGCAUAUGAAGAACUGAGAAAUAUUGACUUGGAUUUGUCAACAUUAUCUGGGGUCCAGGAUCGGUUCAGCACAAGGAAGCGAAGUGCUAACGAUUCUGGAAAUGUUACAAAUACAUCAAAUGAUCGUCGAAUUCUUGAUGGUGGCCGAAGAAUAAUUGUCGGGCCAGAGGGCAGUGCAAAGCGUUCUCGUCAUGAUGAUGAUCUUUGGAAUGAACAGCAUCAACACAAUCGCUACCCACAACGUGAUUAUUCCCCUCCUUCUUUACGUCCUCAACGUACUUUGUCUAGUGUUAUAAUGUCUUCGACAAGUGGUGCGUCUACAAUUGAGACCAAGUCGCGGACUGCUGUUAUCACCGAGAAGAAGAAAAGUGAAACGAAAGAGGAUGCUGUCCGAAACCGACGUCUUUUUUCCAAUCUUUUGGUAGGUACUUUACGACAAUUUCAGAAGGAAGAAAAGACUGUUGGGGUUAAAGGACAGGCACAGCUUGAGAAGCAGCGUGAGGUUGAGCGUCGCUUAGAAGAAAAUGAAAAAGAAAAUCGUGAGAGAUUGUUACGCGAACGUGAUUCUUUAAUGGAAAAACGACGUGAUAAGGAAAUGCAAAUUCAGGCACUUCGCCGUCAAAAAGCUAUUGAGCAAUCGGCGGAGGAGAAAACUAAACAUUUCCAAAGACUUGCAUGUUUUAUUCAGACGCAAACUAAACCUCCACUUUUCUUUUUGCCGUCAAAACAUACUUUGAGAACUUUGGAAUUACUUAAAGAUUCUUCUAAGAAAAUUGAAACAUUAAUUGAACUUCGUCGUGAAGAAAUGGAUCGUGAACUUAAACGUUUGGGAACAUAUAUAAUUGGCGGCAAUGGAGUUGUGAUGAAACAAGAAAUUGAAGAGGAUUCUGAUGAUGAGAAUUCAAAACAAAGAAAUGGGGGAAGUGGACAUCCAUUAAAAUCAACAAUUGUUGUUAAAAAAGAACAGCAACAAAUUGAUGAAAAUGAAGUUAAUAUUGGUCCAAUAAUUGUUUCGAGUACAAAUCGUGAAAAUAAUAAAAAUAUGGAAGGGGAAUUGGAGGAGGAAACUCCCCUUCAACCAACAAAAAGUGUUGUGAUUGAUGGUGAUGAGGAGGAGGGUAAUAAUGAUAAUAUUGAGGAUAAUAAUAAUAAUGUUAUUGAUGAUGUUGCUGUUAAUACUGAUAGGAAUGGCGAUAAUGACAAUGCAUUUGAAGGCCAAGACGAGUCUGGUGGGAAUAUUUAA